AUGCUGAGUAUUCGUGGCCUACGGCGGGCAAUUCCGUGCAAAAGUCCACGAUACGCUUUUCUUCUUUGCCCAUCCCGUCGCAUCGGGAGCUGCGCCGCUCGGCGUGGUGUAAACCAGACACUACAGCCCUCUACAACUAAACGGCUAGGUGCACUCCCAGAAGACAUUGAGCAUCAUGUGGAAACAAAACCUCAGAAGCGGCUGGCCUAUAUGUCCAGAGAAGAUGUCAAACCUGCACCUGAAAAUGCCAAUGGCAGCAGAACGACCAAGGUGAGGCUUGAAAAGCCUCCCGUCCUCGGAGGGUCUGCCGACAGCAAAGACAACACUCAGGGACACCAGGACCUUUGCACAGCUGUAACAGCUACCAUGGCCAGGCUCCCGCACCCAGCUGUGGUCAUCACUACCCUCGACCGAACUUACCAUGCGCAGGCAGCUGCCGGUGUGCCAGUCGAGAAAAUGCAGCACCCUAUAGCGCGGGGAAUCACCGUUUCCUCUAUCACGUCUUUAUGUAUCAGGCCGAGACCCCACGUCAUGUUUAACAUGACGCUCCCUAGUACUAUGUACGAGGCUCUCGUCGCUUGUAAGGACUUUAACGUCCACGUCCUGACCUCUGAUGAACCCGGCGCACGCAUUGCCAGAGUAUUUACGCGCGGUAAUCGCUUACCUCCGCCACGUAUUGAGGCUGCCAAGUCCUCCAAGGAUGACUUGGAUGUUGAUGCUGAUCUCGGCGUGUUCGUAGGACUGAAAGAGGAGGGGUUGCCACACGUUGAGAUCUUAAAUCGGAAUGCGUGGCAUAGGCAAUAUCAAGAUGCUAAGGAGAGAGAUCUUACAAAAUCCAUGUCUUUCCAUGAUAUAGAUUCGAUGGUGCAGCAUUCUGAAGGCACCGAGAGUGUGGGGCAAAUGCACCAUGUUCCUCACUUACAUUCUCGCGGAAUCAUAGAGGUGCUGAAUUGUCGUCUGGUGCGCACGAUAUAUCCUGAACUGCCGAACGCAGGGCAGAACAUUAUCCUGAUAGGUGAAGUCGUUGGGGUGACAGCCCCUAAGAAAUCCAACAAGGAGCCUGAUCACCAAGUCUCUGUCGCCUUAGGCUAUGCCAACAGGAAGUAUCGGUGUGAGGGCGACGCCAUCCAUUUGGCAUGA